AUGCCCAUCAGUCAGGUGCGGCCAAGUCCACUACUCGACCUUCCAAUCGAGAUCCUCCUCAUGAUAGCGGACAUUCUGGACACCCGAGACAUCGGCUCAUUUCUACGCACGGCACGGAGAUAUGCUAGCAUCCUCGAUUCCCAUCUUUAUCAACGUGCGCGCAGCCAUAUCUGCGCCGACGAAAACUCCGUCCUCGGAUGGGCCGCGAAAAGGAAUCAAGCACCUGUAAUCCGUAAGCUCCUAAGCAAAACCAGGGAUGCGCCAAUUCCGCUUGAAGCGAAAAGCAAAGCACUAUGUCUCACCGCAGAGGCCGGAACGCAUUGCAUCAUCGAGCUUUUGGUGGACGCAGGUGCGGAUCUAUCGUCUGCGAUAGAUAUGGGACGGAGACCGACAUGUAGCGCACUGCAACUCGCUGCAGGGAAUGGCCACGAAACAGCCGUCCAUGUACUCCUGGGAAUGGGGGCAGAUAUCGCUGUCACUAAUUCAUUCCAAGAGACCGCUCUACACUAUGCGGCCCGUGGUGGCCAGGAAAGUGUUACGAGACUGCUUCUGGAGAGGGGAGCUGAUGUGGCAGCAUUAACGAUCAGCCGAGAAACAGCACUCCAUUACGCAGUUCUGUCUGGAAAUGAAGCGGUUGUGAAGCUGCUCCUAGAGAAGGGAGUAGACUUAGAGGCAACUUCAUCCGAUGGGAAAACAGCGAUAUUUUAUGUAUUCGGUGUCAAAAGUCCUAGCAGCGAGUCCAUUCUUAAUCUACUUCUGGCGAAGGGUGCAAAUGUGACUGUAUCUGAACGUUUUCGGCACUUGACACCACUACACCUUGCUGCGCAGGAUGGCAAUGAAUGGGCUGUUAGGUCACUCUUGGCGAAUGGGGCGAACGUGUCGGUCAGUCUGCCUCGAUUUGGAUUAGUCACCCCACCCGCCGUCGGGUCCACGGGUGGCCUGAACAUCAGGCAUCACCAGAUGACCAAACGCUUUGGAUUGUUUGUGAAGAUAUAA